CCCCCCCCCCCCCCCCUUUUAAGAAUCUGUCUACUCUCCGACUAAAGAACCAUGGCCGACACUCAACAUCCCACCCCUCGCUUCUCGACCUCCGAAGUCACGGUUGUGUUCCUCCUCGGUGGUCCCGGAAGUGGCAAGGGCACUCAAUCCGCCAAUCUCGUCCGCGACUACGGCUUUGUCCAUCUGUCGGCGGGUGAUCUGCUGCGCGCCGAGCAGAUCCGCGAGGGAAGCCAGUAUGGUGAACUGAUUAGGACUUAUAUCCGGGAGGGCAAGAUUGUUCCGAUGGAGAUCACGGUGGCGCUAUUGUCGAAUGCCAUGGCAGAUGCUUUGAAGAAUGGUGCUGGUGCCGGGGAGGGCAAGAAGGCCCGGUUCCUGGUCGAUGGAUUCCCACGCAAACUGGAUCAGGCUGUUUUCUUCGAGGAUACAGUCUGUCCGUCGGAGUUGACGCUGUUUUUGGACUGCCCGGAGGAGGUUAUGGAGAAGCGCCUAUUGAAGCGUGGAGAGACCUCCGGCCGUGAUGAUGAUAAUGCCGAAUCCAUUCGGAAGCGUUUCCGCACUUUUGUUGACACCAGUAUGCCUGUUGUGACGGCCUUCGAGGAACGCAAUAAGGUUGUGUCUGUGUCGGCGACGGGGUCUGUUGAGGAAGUGUAUGCUCGUAUCCAAGAUGGCUUCAAGGCUCGUGGGGUCCAUCAGCAGUGAUCUAUGUCUAUUAUUAUGGGUAUCGGUGUCAGCGAUCUUUAUAUUUUCCUUACUGGGGGUGUGGAUAGCGCUUUAUAGAUGGAGUGGUUUCUUUCUCCCUUGCAUACAAUGUCUACGUCUUAAAGUACAUUAUAGCCGGUUUAUAUAUAUGAAGAUAUAAUCCCAAUGGUAUAUCACUUCGUAUAUGCAUGA